CCUCCAUUGGAGUGGAUGGCCUGGUAUUAUCUUCCUUCAAUCGAUGCUAGGAAAGCAAUUUCCUAUCCCUCACCUACGUACAGCUCCUUCUGAUACUCUCUCACCGUUCAUUUCUUUCCCGCCACCAAACCAUCUCAGUUUCACGGAACAGACAAAGCCAUGAAUUCUUUGUAUUACACUCGCUCUAUGGCCGUUUCUAACUGCAAUUCCAUUCCUUGCUCCACAAUUUCUUCUACACUCACUGUUCCUCCAUCUACCUUCAAUUUCUUCAUCUCGUCGCUGCUAAGUAAGAGAACACCCAAUCUGUCGUACACUGUUCUGAGAUCACAGUGUCGUUCAAACCCACCUAGAAAUAAGCAAGAACAGCAAGUGGAAGAAAACCCAGAUGCCCAAGUUCAAGACCUUAGGGUCCCAGACCAUUGGUUGGUUCCUACCAGGGCUUUGGAGGAAUCUGAAUGGCUCAGGGUUACACUGCAUAAGUGGUUGGAUGAUGAGUACUGCCCAGAGGCCACCAAUGUGGAAAUAAGCAAGGUUGCUGCUCACUCAUUCUAUACUAGUUUGCUAGAGAAAAAGACAGACUUGGGCGAGAUUUUGUUGAAGAUGGCCAAGGAAUUGGAAUCUAUUUCCUAUCAAGAAAGUUUUCACGGUGCGUUCUCAUCAGCCAAUGCUGCUGUGAAUUUGAUUGUCCAACGGAUAGAGCAAGCAUAGCUACAUAAUCGAUCACUGCCCAGAGGCCACCAAUGUGGAAAAUAAGCAAGGUUGUUGCUCACUGAUUCUAUUCUGGUUUGCUGGAGAAAAAGACAGACUUGGGUAAGAUUUUGUUGAAGAUGGCUUGGGAAUUGGAAUCUAUUUCCUAUCAAGAAAGUUUUCACGGUGCGUUCUCAUCGACCAAUGCUGCUGUGAAUUUGAUUGUCCAACAUAUAGAGCAAGCAUAGCUGUCUAAUCGAUCAAAUUUGAUCGAAGGUUUGGAACUAUCUUUCUGCUUGCUAUUUCCUCAACUAAAUCAUAUGUGCUUCCACUUUUCUGCUAUCAAUCUCCCAUACAUCAACAUUACAUUUACACCCUCUAGAUGGCUCACAAAUUACAAGUUAUAAGAUUUUAUCUAUAUCUCCAAA